CCGCGCCGCCGCCGCCAUUUUGUCCCAGUCCCUGCGUCCCCGGGCAGCCGCUGCCUCGCUCCGCCGCAGGUCCCGAGGUCCGGAGGGCCGCCCCGUAGAUGGCCAGCUUUCCCCCGAGUGUCAACGAGAAGCUCAUCGCACGAUCACGCACUGUAGGAGAACUCUUGGCCCCAACUUCUCCUUUUGACAAGAAGUGUGGACGUGAGAACUGGACGGUUGCGUUUGCUCCAGAUGGAUCCUACUUUGCUUGGUCACAAGGGCACCGCAUAGUGAAGCUGGUUCCCUGGGCUCAGUGCCUGAAUAACUUCUUGUUGCACGGCACAAAGAAUGUUGCAAAUCCUCUCAGUACCAGACUCCCGCGACAGAACAGUGACAGUGGCCAGAAGAACAAGCCUUGUGAACAUAUCAUAGACUGUGGGGAUAUCGUCUGGAGCCUGGCUUUUGGGUCCUCAGUGCCUGAGAAGCAGAGUCGCUGUGUGAACAUAGAAUGGCACCGCUUCAAAUUCGGGCAGGAUCAGCUCCUGCUUGCAACGGGGCUGAACAACGGGCGCAUCAAGAUCUGGGAUGCGUACACAGGAAAGCUCCUCCUUAACCUGAUGGACCAUACUGAAGUUGUUAGAGAUUUAACUUUUGCCCCAGAUGGCAGCCUGAUUUUAGUGUCUGCAUCCAGAGACAAAACACUGAGAGUGUGGGACCUAAAAGAUGAUGGAAAUAUGAUGAAAGUGUUGAGAGGACAUCAGAACUGGGUAUAUGGUUGUGCAUUCUCUCCAGACUCAUCUAUUCUCUGUUCUGUCGGAGCUAGUAAAGCAGUUUUUCUCUGGGAUAUGGAUAAGUACUCCAUGAUAAGGAAACUUGAAGGACAUCACAACGAUGUUGUAGCUUGUGAGUUUUCUCCUGAUGGAGCUUUACUGGCUACUGCAUCCUAUGAUACUCGAGUCUAUGUCUGGGAUCCACAUAUUGGAGUGAUUCUUAUGGAAUUUGGGCAUCUAUUUCCCCCUCCUACUCCAAUAUUUGCUGGAGGUGCAAACGACCGGUGGGUCAGAUCAGUAUCUUUCAGUCACGAUGGACUCCACAUUGCAAGCCUUGCUGAUGAUAAAAUGGUAAGAUUCUGGAGAAUUGAUGAAGAGUACCCUGUACAAGUUGCUCCUCUGAACAAUGGACUCUGUUGUACUUUUUCUACUGAUGGCAGUGUUCUAGCUGCAGGGACACAGGAUGGCAGUGUGUAUUUCUGGGCAACUCCAAGACAAGUCUCCAGUCUGCAGCACCUGUGUCGCAUGGCAAUCCGGAGGGUGAUGCCCACCAGCCAGGUCAAGAACUUGCCCAUCCCAUCCAAAGUGGUGGAGUUCCUCUGUUACCAGAUUUGAAUUU